AGCAGCUGCAGGACGUAGUAGUAGGGAUGUACAAUGCAUCGUAUAGCAAUUUCGGUUGCUCAUAUUAUUUUAAUUAGCGAUCUAUGUAGUUAUCUUUUGGUCGAUCAUUUUAAUGUAAUUUCGCACAUAGGUGGUAUAUGUAAUAAUAUCAGUACCGAAAAAUAAUCUAAAUUCUGCUAAACUAAUUUCGAAAACCUAUUAUUAUGUACUGUGUAGUUGUAAUAGUGAUAUUAUAAUCGUGUAUAUAAUUAUAUUGUUGGACAUAUUAUUUAGAGAUCGUUGUAAAAACGAUGUACUUUUCUGAUAAAGUUAAAAGAUAUUUUUUAGUGUUUAUAAUAAAUUACAGUUAAAUAAUACUUACACGUUUAUCAAUUUAAUAUAAAAUUUUAUUUAGUGAUGUUCAUUUAAUUUAUCGAAUAUAAUAUUAUACAUUUUUGCUUUAAUAAUAUAAUUCGUCAUUGGCCAUGGAGGUGAAGAAUUCCUGGUUAAUAUAUUCAUGUAUAAUUUUUGGAGUAGGCGUUUUUUGUGAUAGACAACUUGGAAAACGACAAGCUGUAACAACUCGCUUGGUAAGUUCCAAGGACGUAUUUAAAUGUUCAAAUGGAUUAUUUAUUAACUCGACGGGUGUUUGUGACGGUCGUGCGGAUUGUCCAGAUGGUUCAGACGAGACUAAAAAAUUGUGUUCUAUGCAACCGAAAUUUUGCGUUUUACCGACUGUUAAAGGAGUUAUAUAUUCUUACGAAGGUUCAAAUGAAAUUUUAUCUCACGGGUCGAAGAUUGACCAUUUUCGAACUGUAAUUGAAAACUGUGAAGUUGGAUAUCAUAUGACUAACCCCAAAAGUUUUAGGUUUUGUCAAGGAAAUGGAAAAUGGACAUCAACUGUUGAAAAUCUAUGUCUCAAAAUGUGUCCACCUCUAAUAUCCGAUAGUUUAGAUAUUAAAUGUUCUCUAUAUGGUAACUAUGCUGAUUGUUCCAAACUAUCAGUAUAUGAUACAAAAGCAAUACCAUCAUGCAAACCAACACAUAUACUGCCAAAUGGACCAGAAGAAACUCCAAUUGAAUUGCGUUGUCAGUCUAACGGGAUGUGGAAUAAUCGACUAUAUAGAUGCAUUCCUUAUUGUGGUAGAUUAUAUACAAAUAGCACGGUAUUGAUCAAUAAUGGUGUCGAAGCUAAAGUUGGAACAGCUCCUUGGAAUGCUGGAAUUUAUCAAUUAAAUAAAGUGAGUUCCAAGUAUGACAUGAUAUGCGGAGGAUCAUUGAUUUCUUCAAAUUUAGUUGUUUCUGCGGCUCAUUGUUUUUGGAAAAAAGAUAUGCCAUCUAAUAUAAUAUCAAUUAAUGAUGGUCUAUAUAAAAUUGCUGUUGGAAAAUAUGAUAGAGAUUACUCAGUAAUUGACAAUGAAUUUACCCAAAUAAUGGAUGUGGAAACAAUUUAUAUAAAAGAAAGAUAUUAUGGAGUUAAUGGAUUUUAUGCUGAUGAUAUAGCUGUUAUCGUGUUGAAAAACAAAGUUUCUAUUAGCGUUGGUGUUGCACCAGCUUGUGUUGAUUGGGUUUCUAAAUUUAGUGUACCAAAUGGAGCUCAAGGAAAGAUUGUUGGUUGGGGACAAACAGUAAAAGGCAUACAAAGUCCCAUCUUAUUAGAAGCGACUUUACCGUACAUCAACCAUGGUUCUUGUCGAAAGAUGUAUACAAAUGGAUUUCAAAUGUAUGUGACUAUUGAUAAGUUCUGUGCUGGGUCUGCAUUAGGACAAGGGGUUCAUCAAGGUGACAGUGGUGCAGGCUUAAUGUUUUUACAUUUUGAAUUUUAUUACUUAACUGGAGUAGUGAGUGUCAAGGAUCCAAAUACAAAUAAUUCAAUAGCAGUUUUUACAGAUGUUAAGCGCCACAUUCAAUGGAUUCGUGAAUUGUAUAACAAAUAUACUUCUUAGUGAUAAUAUAUCCAAGCCUAAUAGUAUGGUAAUUAAAUAAAAAUAAUAUAUUCUACGUGUAAUUGUAAUCAAUAUUUAUAUGAAUAUUUUUUUACUUUCAAAUAAUAAUUAUUAUUAACAGUUCAUUCUCAACAUUUGUUCAUUUAAAUUAAAUUUAAUUCGUCAUUAUUAUAGGUGAUACAUAAGCAUUAUAUACAUAUAAUAUUAUGUUUAAAUAGUCUUUUGCAUUAACAAAUUUUUCGUUUAUAAUUAAUUGUUUUAUAUUUAUUAUUAUUGUACUUGGUUAUUAAAAUAACAACAUUUUUUUUUA